GUUAGCUUCCUCCCUCACGAUCCAUCUGUCUGUAUUCGUUCUCCAGCACCGCGUCUUCACCGUCGAUUGAAACCCAAACAUAUACAUGUCUCUGCGUCGGCCCGAGCCUGAGAGAUCACAAGGUCGCGCAUCACAAGAUGCUGGCUUCCUUUAAUGCCUUCCCCUCCGCACGUUUUACGCGGUAGAACUUCGGAAGCCGUUUCGGCGCUCAUCUCAUGACUGGAAUUUGAUCGCCUGGGGACACUUAAAUUGGAGGCAUAUACCAGCGAAACUCUUUGCUGCACGACAUGUUUGCACACCUCUCCUCGGUUCUGCUCACUGCGGCUGCUCUUGUCUUGGUUCAAGGCAAGAAGUUCGGCGUCAAACCCGGACAAAUCAAGAAUCUGGUGACAUUCGGGGACAGUUACACGGACGUGGUUAGCACUGGCGACCAGGGCGUGGCUUGGCCAGUAUAUGUUGCCGACUACGCCAAAGUCGCGCUCCAUCCUUUCGCCAGGUCCGGGGCCACUUGCUCCAAUAAUCUAACCUUCCGUCCGUUCCCACCGGUUUUCGGAAAUCAAAUCCCUCUGUAUCUCACCGAGACGUCCAAUGGCUCCCUCGUCUUGCCUGGGGAAGAGACGAUUCACUCGCUUUGGAUUGGAACCAACGAUUUGGGUGUGUCUGCGUUGAUAACGGGCGGCCAAACACCUGGCGUGUCGCUGGUGGAUGUGACACAGUGCAUGGUCGAUUGGGUCACCACCUUGUACCAGAACGGAGCGAGAAACUUUAUCUUCCAAAAUAUGAUCCCGCUGGAGCUUACCAUCCUGUACAAUGCGAAUUCCUAUCCGAACCGAUUUUGGGCAUUCGAGCGCAACACAACAGAAUGGAGCAUUCUCAUGAUGGAAAUGACUCGGUCUGGAAACAGAAUGACCCAAUUGAUGCUCCAGGCACUGGCGCCGACACUCAAGGAUGCGCACAUUGCUCUCUUUGACUCACAUUCCUUGUUCCAAGAUAUGUACGACCAUCCAGCCAAGUAUCUCAAUGGAACAGCUCCUCUCAAUGUCACCGGAUGCUGGAACUCCUGCGUUGCACCCCUCGGCGGUGGCACUCUGAACUGUACAGUCGCCCAUGGAACCGAUCGGGACAGUUUCCUAUGGGCUGAUGAGCUUCAUCCGAGUGAACAAGCAGACAGGAUUGUGGCGAGGGAAAUUGCGUUGACGCUUGAGGGCAAGGACAGUCAGUGGACGACCUGGCUGAGCUGAA